AUGCCCGGAAGAGGACUAUUAGGUAGAGGAAUAAGCAGCAACCUGUUUGGAGUGUUGAAACAUGAUGCAGCUCAGGCAGUUGGAGAUGCCUUUGCCGCAAAGGCAGCAAUACCAUACAGUUCUGAGCAAGCCAGUUUUAGGGGUAGAGGGACAGCUAUCGAGCAUCCAUGCUCCAACGUUGAAGAACUGGCAGCUGAAGUGAAGGGAUUGGAGUUAGGACGAGCAUUGCUGGGAAGGAGCAGAGUUUUCCAUCAUUCGCCAAUUCUUUCACCCGGAGACAGGAGAUUUACUCUCAGCGAGGCUGUCACUGGAGCGCUAGAGAAAGGGAGUCGAGGGGAGCCAGUCAUGAAGAAGGGGUCAUCAGGAACAUCUAUACCUCUGGCAGUAAACCUUACCAAAAUACAUUGUCAAAAUGAGGCAGUUUAUCAGUACCACGUCACCUUCAGUCCUAAUAUAGAAUGUCGGAAUAUCCGCUAUGGAAUGUUGAAGGAGCAUCACCCAGUUACCGGCAAAACUACGGCUUUUGAUGGCAGCAUACUCUACCUGCCUGUCAAACUGCCUGAGGUGGUGGCUCUGAAAUCGCAAAGAAAAACUGAUGGCAUGGAAGUGGACAUGAAGAUUCAAUUGACCAAGAUCCUCCAACCAAACUCUGACCUCUGCAUCUCCUACUAUAAUGUGGUAUUAAGAAGAGCUAUGAGGCUUUUGGAAUUAAAAUUAGUCGGACGAAAUUUCUAUGACCCAACAAGCGCGAUUGUUCUUCCUCAGUACAGGUUGCAGAUAUGGCCAGGAUACUCUGCAAGCAUUCGAAGAACAGAUGGAGGAUUAAUGUUACUUGUUGAUGUGUCCCAUAAAGUAAUUCGUAAUGACUCUGUCAUUGAUAUUAUGCAGGCUAUAUACCAAAAGAGCAGUGAAAAUUUCCAGGAUGACUGUACAAAGCAGUUAGUGGGCAGCAUUAUCAUGACCAAGUAUAAUAAUCGCACGUACCGCAUUGAUGACAUAGACUGGGACAAAGCCCCAACAAGCUACUUCCGGAUGGCAAAUGGCAGAGAGAUUACCUUCUGUGACUAUUACAGCCAAGCCUAUGGGAUUACCAUUCAGGAUUUGAACCAGCCUCUCCUUGUAUAUCGACCUAAACAGAAGUAUGGACCACAGGGACAGCCUAUCCAAAGUGAGAUCCUCCUUGUACCUGAGCUGUCUUUCAUGACUGGGAUCCCUGAUCAGAUGAGGAAGGAUUUCCGUGCAAUGAGGGACCUGGCUGUGCAGAUCAACCUGACUCCAGAACAACACCAUAUGGCUUUACGAAAAUUGCUGGACAACAUCAAGAAAAAUGCCAUUGUCCAAGAAGAACUGGCACAUUGGGGGCUUGUCAUAGAUGAAGAUAUUUAUAAGACGGAAGGAAGAAUUUUACCUCCAGAAAAGAUCAUAGUACGGUACAAAUCGUUUCCAAGUGGGACUGAUGUUAACUGGUCGAGAGAGGUUGCGCGGGAGAAAGUGAUAUCAGCGGCCAUGCUACACUGCUGGGCUCUCUUGUACACCAAGCAAAGUGCAACACAUGCCAAGGAUCUAGUCAGCUUCAUGUCAAAGGUGGCAGAACCCAUUGGAAUGACCUUCCAGCAGCCUGCAUACAUCGAGCUGAAGGACGAUCGCACCCAGACCUAUGUCCGAACUCUCCAAUCCUACCUGGGGAGUAAUGGUUCAGUGAAGCUUGUGGUAUGCAUAGUGACAGGCAACCGUGAUGACCUGUAUCAUGCCAUUAAGAAACUCUGCUGUGUGCAAUCUCCUGUCUCCUCGCAGGUGAUUAAUGUGAGGACAGUCUCUCAGACUGUUAGGAUGAGAAGCAUCUGCCAAAAGAUCCUGCUGCAGAUAAAUUGCAAGUUGGGUGGAGAGCUGUGGGGUGUGGACAUACCACUGAAACAGCUGAUGGUGAUAGGAAUGGAUGUGUACCACGACCCUGUCAGGGGGAAGCAGUCUGUUGUUGGAUUUGUUGCCAGCAUGAAUAAGGCAAUGACCAAGUGGUUUUCGAAGGUUGCAUUUCAGAUGGCCAAUCAGGAAAUCAUUGAUGGAUUAAAGAUUUGUAUGGUGGCAUCCCUGAAGAAAUAUUAUGAGAUAAACCACUGUCUCCCUGAGAAAAUUGCUGUGUACCGCGAUGGAGUGUCUGAUGGCCAGCUCAACACUGUGACAGACUAUGAGCUUCCUCAGCUCCUAAAGUGCUUUGAGGUGUUCAGUGACUAUCACCCAAAAAUGAUGGUGAUUGUGGUGCAGAAGAGGAUCAGCACCAACCUGUAUGCAAAGGCAGCAUCGGGCAGGCUUGAGGUGCCACCUCCUGGAACUGUGAUGGACCAUACUGUCACCAGCAGGGAAUGGACUGACUUCUUCCUGUUGGCUCAUACUAUUCGUCAAGGCUGUGGAAUCCCAACACACUAUAUCUGUGUGUACAACAGUCUGAAGCUCAGCCCUGACCACAUGCAGAGGCUCACCUUCAAACUCUGUCACUUGUACUGGAACUGGUCAGGUACAAUCCGUGUACCUGCACCCUGCAAGUAUGCCCACAAACUGGCAUUUCUCUGUGGCCAAUCUCUGCACCAGGAGCCAGCUGCCCUUCUCUCCGAACUACUCUUCUACCUAUGAAGCUGCCAGGAAAUGCCUUUUGAGACCCAGAGAGGAAAGACUUUGGGCAUAGUGGCUGGGUGAGGGAGCAUUGGAAGUGGGAGUGGCUUUCCAGGGAGACCUUCUCAAAAUGGGAGCCCUUAUCACAAUUGGACAGAGAUUUAUUUCCCCUGAGACUUUAAUUAUUACAACUACAGAGGAAUUCUCUUAUUGAAGCAUUUUUUUGGUUUGUUUUUCAAUGACAUGUCGUUAACAUGCAGUGAGCUGCUGAAACGAGCAAAACUACAAAUGGCUUGAGCUGAUUUGAUUUGUACAUUUUGUUCAGUGUGUUAUUUAAUUUGUUUUAUUAGUUUGUACCAUUCAAAACAAGUGCUGGCAAUGACCCAUUUCUCCUACACCCUGAGGAAAUUUCAGGAAAUUUCUUGUGUGGGCUUGUCACUGAAUAAUGUGGCUUGUAUCAUUGUGCACUUGUUAUUCUGUUUUGAGAGAGGAUAUGUAAUUUGAAGACACAGUAGAGUAGCUUUAAUCAAAUUCUGGUUGAAAGAUGGAUCAAAGGAGGUGAAAGUGGAAAUAGAAGAAUUGAUUCCAAACAGUUUACCGUAUUCUGAGUAAAUGUUCAUUGUGAUUGCCCAAUUCCUCUAAUGUCUGCAGUCUCAGAACUGUGAGCCACCACUGUAAUCUGAUGGGAUAUCAUCUUUGCCCUAUGAAACUCUUCUAAUGAGGAGCAAACAGCAUUCUGUUUAACCACAAUAAAAACAGAAAAUGCUUAUGGCAUCCAGCAUGUCUGGUAGCACCUACAUCUCUCCAGAGACUUAAGUAGACUUAACAUUUCAGGACAGCUUUCCUCUUUGCAGAUGAUUCCUGUUCAGCAGUUUGUUUUUAUCUGAAUCGUGACCUGCAGGACAAGCAUACAGUAGUCCACCCAGCCUGUCUCUCUCAACCCUGAUAGUUCGUAGUAAAGACAGUCACCAGUCUGGAAGUCAUGGAUCUCUCUGGAAGUCAUGGAUCUCCCUGGAAGGACAACACAAGAAAAACCCAGGUCAAUGCACGAAAAGAAAAAUUCUACUCUUUCCUCCUUUGAAUCCAGUUGAAAUUAUUGUGACCCUGAUUAACACCUACUCCAGUGCAAGUUGACCUCCAGCCCAACUGAAGGAAUCCAGUGAGUUAGUAUUCACACAAUAAAGCAAAGUCUCAAUAUUCUAAUGAAAAGGAGAAUCUAAAGGUACCAGUCAUUCCUGUUUUAAUUUAAUGAAGAUAUUUAUUGCAGCCAGAUUGAUGUGAAAGAGACAGGUUAUUUGGGCCAAAUAGGUUUUCUGUACUUCUGACAUGAACAGUUCCGAAGCUGCUGCACGAGAGCUGCUUAUUCAAAAAAUCAGCAAAAAAUGGCAAAAUUUCAUUCCCAUUUCCUAGAGCUGUUGUUGAGUCUUCAGUGGAGUUUUCUGAUUUUUUUUUUUUUUGUAAUGAUCCCAUUACACUUGUACUUACAUUUGCUUGAAAUAAUGUUUGAAUUAUUUUCUUAGAAAACUAUUUAUGUCGAAUUGUGAUAUCCCUGAAAGGCAAAUCUUGUGUCCUGGGCAUCAUUGAAGAGGCCAGAUUGUAUUGCCCAUCGAGAAGCUGUUGGUGAGCUGCCUUCUUGAAUCUCUGCAGUCCAUGUGGUGUAGAUACUCCAAUGCUGUUAGGUAGGGAGUUCCAAGAUUUUAACCUAUGGCCAAGAUGUGGUGAACACUCCUGUUAUGUUGCAUAUUUGGUCCUGAUUCUGAUUUUGCUAAUGCAUCUCGGGUUCUUGAAUAAUGUGACAGGAACAGGUUCCUCUGUUCCUACUGCUGACUGAAAUUUCUAACACCGGUAACUUUGUUUAAUCCAGACAUGAUAAGUGAAGGAAACAGAGUUCUGCAAAAAUAAGGGUUUGAAUUCCUCAAGAAACACCAGUCAGACAUCUGAGUUGCUCAGUUGAACAGUACAGGGCAUUUCCAGCUAUGUAGGUGCUAUGUAGAAAUAAUUCCUUUUGUCUAUUUUACAAACUCUUUACCUUGAAGUAUUAACUUUUCAGACAGUGAUGGUUGAUUUAUGAGAUGAGUGAAGCUUGAGAGUAGCUCAAAUGUAUCCCACAUCAAUGCCAUCUUUUGAAAAUUCAAGAGUUGGAAUACAAGAUCCUGACACCAAGUCAGUCCUUUAGUUAGGUCACAGCUGAUCAAACUAUCAGUCCAUUUACCCUUUUUGGUUUCUUUUGUUAAUGCCUUUACCCAAUCAAAUUCUAUCAAUCUAUUUCUGAAUUCUUCAAUUGGCCAAACUGCUGCUUUUCUGAGGAAGACAGUUCCAGAUUUCCAUUGCCUUUCGUGUAAAGAAGUGCUGAUUGCACCCUUGGACAGUGUACCUCUAAUCUAAGUUCAUAUCCUUUGCACAGGACUCCUCAAUCCAGAGAAAGUACUUGCUGUGUAUCUGCCCUAUCAAUUCUCUUAAUCAGCCCUGUGAUUAAAUCACCCCUUAAUCUUCUAUAUUCUGUGGAUGAUACUCUGUACAGAAGUUGCCUUUCUGAAUUCAAUAAGAAUGAGUUGCUACCAGCUAAUUCAUACAAACAUGAAAUGGUAUUAUGGUAUUGGUUAUUUGUGACCACUUCAUCAGUGAGCAGACAACAUUGGAAGACUGAAUUAUUCCAUCAAAUUAAGUAAGCAUUGCUCUCUGGUUAGCUAAGGAGAAAUGCAUUCUGUCUUGAAUGUAUACUUCAUUUGAAUUUGUUUUGAUUGCAGCAAGGUAUGCUUGAAGGAAUAUUUAUGUGUUGCAUGUUCAAGCCAGGCUGAUUUUGGUAUCCUGUAGGCUGAAGGCAAAAUAAAACUGCUGUAAUCUUGAAUCCUUUUUGUUACCUCAAGUCUGCAGCACCCAUUCUUAGCAGUUGUGACUUUGUUCAGAAACCAGUGAUGCUUACUACAAGCUCGUGUGAGUCUGUCCAGUUCUUGUGAGAUUCCAAUCCUCAAUGUCAUGGGCCCAUUCUCAACUGGGACUGUUGAAAGUUCCAUAUACUUGAGAUAAUUGCACAUCUCCAGCUUAAUAUCAAUAGGCCAACUGUCAAUGUGACACAGUGAACUUGUGAAAUGCCGAACUUGCUCUGAAGCCAAGGUUUACUUAUGCUUUUUAAGUCUUCUGUCCAACUUGUAUCAAGUUUAACCCAGAGUCUGGAUUCUGGUUGCAGUACACUGUACAUGAAUCUGCACUUAACACUGUGCAAUCAUUGUCUAAAUGCAGAGUUUGAGUUAUAUUAAGAUGAGUCCAUAGCUGGCAAACGAGCUGGGCUUGUCUAAAACUCAUAGAUGAUUCCACAGCAGUCUUUCCUCACAGCUGCUCUGGACUUACUCUCUUUCACUUGCAUCACACUUGCCAGAGGCCAAAUAAAACAAAAUGUAAUUGAUGAAAUCUUUGGAGCCUCAAUUGAGAGAGAGAAUGAGAUCAGCUGGAACGACCUGUUUAUAUCGGAACAGUGUGUGGGUAAGGUUCCUGCUCAUCACUUGGGACCACCUACCCACUGCAGUGUUGUCCUGUGGAGACCCUUGCAGCUAGUUAAAGGAGGGAGGGUGGUUAUCUGAUUGACUGUGCUUUCGAUUGGCUGGUCUCUGGCACCAAGUUACUCAGUCUGUCACUAGAUUAAUUCAACUUUUGUCACUGUUGCUAGGCUCUGCUUCACUAACAUAAUCCUCUGGUUGUUGAUUACAUAAUUGACAACUGAUGACCAGCGGACGCUACUUGGCAACACUUCCAAUGCAUUGAAAUUGUGUAGCACAAACCAUCUUGGAACGACAGCCUACUUUCAGACCUCAGUCUGAUGGCAGGACAGACCAUUGUGUUUGAUGCCACUGCAGGUUGGAGGUGCUAAUCUUCUCAACAAGCUAUCCAGAGCAGCCAAGAGAUGAUAGUUAUGUUCCCAUAUCUUUUAGCAAUAGGAAAGGACUUUUGCAAAGGAGUUUGUGCAAUUGUCUGGAAUCCUGCAGCACAACGGAAAGUCAUUUUGACCCAUCUUACAGGAAUUGUCAAGCUAUUCCUCCUCUCUCAAUGUUCCUUGGGUCUGUGAAUGUUUGAUUUUGAAGUGUUUAUCUAUUUGAUUUUGGCAGUUACUAUUGGACUUUAUAUCACCUCUUUAAGCAGCUCGUUCUUGAUCACAAGCAUGUUUGUUAAAAAAAGAUCUUUGCACAUUCCCCUUCUGGCUCCUUUUGCCCAUUAUCUUAACCAGUUCUUGAUGUACAAAUCCAUAGGCAUGCUCCCAAAGUAAGCCAUCAGCUGCCCAUUGGGAUGAGUCUCCCUCUGUGGUAUGUAUCUGCAUGUUCAAUAUGAUCUGCUGCCUUCUGACAAAGCAAUUGUUCUUGCCUUCUUGUGGCUUGGCCCUGAAGUUUGCGCAUAGGCAGUGAAAGUCUGUUUAAAACUGCUAUUCCAGAUUGUCUGGUAUGCCACAGAAGGAGCUACUUUUUAGAAUAUUUUGUCAAGUCGAAAGAGAGCAUCUUUUAAUUUCUUGGCACAGUGCAAAAAUUGGGGUCCAAAUUCAAGAUACAUUUGCAGACCCAGGUUUCAAUCGAGAAAUGAAAAAAUAAACUGCAAUCAGGAGACUGACUGUGAAACUAUUGAAGCAUAGUCAAAAUCACCGGUUCACUGAUGUCCUUUACGGAAGGAAAUUUGUCAUCCUUGUCUGUUCUGGUCUACAUGUGACUCCAAACCCACAGCAAUGAGUUUUCUCACUUCCGUCUUAAGACAUCGAAGAGAGCUGACCAAUUCUGACCUUGCUAAUGUUAUUUGCAUUCUUUAAAAUAAAUGUGAAAUAACUGAGAGGAGUUUCACUAGUUGAGCCAAAAUGCUAUUUCUUGUCUACUACCACCACCCUAGGCUGGCCCAUUCCUUGGGAAAAUGAGAGCAGUGCUUUAAGUCCCACAGGAUUUUGCAAGGGCAUCCUCAAAACAAUAGGCUUCAUAAUUGUCUCAUUUGUGACCAUAUGACAUGUUGGUGAAGGAUGGAGUGGAAUAAUGACAGUGAGAAACCUGGCCACUUCAUAUUUUUGAAAGAGAGAACUUUAUAUUUUGCACAGAUCUUGGAGUUAAACCACUUGCACUGGAUCAUAGAUAAAAGACAUUUUUUGGCUGUCUCCAGAUUCCUGGUAGCUUAGCAUAAAUUUGUUCCCAGGUUCAAAUUAAAUCAAGUACUUAAAUAGACUGACACCUUUCUGAAUUGGCAAUUUGAAUGUUUGUGUACUGGACUUGGAAUUAACAUGGGUAGAUUGCUCUUCCAUAGUAUCUUUUUCAUGAGCUGUGACUGUGGCAGUGGGUCGAAGGACAUUCUGUACAUGGUAAUACUAAACAACAACCUGUUCAGAGUGUGAAAUCUAAUCUGGUCUUUUCCAAUUAUUCUCGUGCAUCUGAUGAACUUGAUACAGUGAUAAGUCACAGUGUGGCCAUAGGGCUGUGCCAUGCACUCACCUGUUUACCUGCCUUCCCAGAUAUAUAAUUGUGGUAGAACCUGGUAUACAAUCCGUGUCCUUGUUUUUCUACCACUUGCUCUGCUCCUUGGAUACUGCCUAAAACCACCCCUUCCUCUCCUAAAACUUCAUUAGGUAGUUCAGUGCCAAACUUUGUCUGAAUAAAUGCCGUGAAGUGCUUUGCAUAUUUAAUGAUGUGAAGGCUGCGACUUGAAUGCAACUUGCUGAUCUCUGGCUUGACAUUGCAAUUAAUUUUACCCAUAUCAUAAUAAAGUGAGGUUUUUGGGAAAACAUUUUUAUGUUUGAGUUUCAGAUGUUACCAGUAUUUGAAAGCUGAGAAAUACAGACAGCUUUUGUUUAAGAGAAUGACUUCUUGGUCCCCUUGACUCUAUUCUCCUGAACCCCCUACCCUCUUGAUGUGCAUAUUUGUUUACAUGAUCAUUGAGUCCCUCCUUUUCAUGUGUUCCUCAAAAAGCUCAAUGUUUACUCUUCUGUUUUUGGUGUCACUCCCAUUUCUAAUCAUUACUCCCAGCAUGGUCUUGGCAUACAUUGUCAGCUCUGCAGAAGAACAUAUGAAUUGUGAAAUGUGCCAGGUCCAUUGAAAUGGAGUUUUUCCAUCCUCACAAUCAAAUAAUGCGAUACUAGACUAGUUAUUACUGAUAGUCUACACUGACACCAGUGUAGACACCAGUGGUAAAGCUUUGGGAAUUCUCACUUGUUCUUUCCAAGCAUGUCACGGUCAGGGCAUCAUCUCUCCACACUGCUCCCUCCUGCAAAUUCCUGUAUACAUCUGUCUACUCAGAUUCACAUGUUCCCAAGACAUGCAACAUUGUGAUUUUUUUGCCAUUUAUCCCUCUGUGACCUUAAUACAGUUUUUAAGCAAGAGUAGUCCAUUCAGCUCUUUGAACCUUUUCAAUCAUUCAGUAUGUCUGUGGCUGAUCCCCAGAUGCACCUUCAACACAAUCCUCAUUGUGUUUAUUCCCUUAUUCCCUUAGUAUCCAAAGAUCUAUUGGUCGUUGACUGAGUGUCCACAAGUCUCUGGGCUAGGAUUGUCCAAAUGCUCACCAUCCUGAGAACAAUGUUAAUUCUCCUCAUUUCAACUCUAAAUCAUCGACCUGUUAUUUGACAAUUGAGCUCUCAUUUUAGUCUCUGCAGCCAUGGGAAUAUGUCACAUGAGUGUUUACCCUAUUGAGGCAUUUCAAAAUAUUAUGUUUCGAUUAAAUCACCUCUCAUUCUUCUAACUUCUCAAACAUCAUCAGAGUCUACAAAACAUCCCAUUGUAGGACAGGCUCUGAGUUCCAAAUUGUCAGUCUGGUAAAGCUCAGUCCCAAACCAUCUAAAACAAGUGUAUCCUUCAAUAGAUAAGGAGACCAAAACUGUGCACACUACUCCAACUGUGACCUCAUGUGGAGCUUGACAUUUUCGGUUAGAAUUCUUCACUCCAGUCUCUUAGUAAUCAAGGAUGUCAAAAUGUUUUCCUCAUUGAAUCUGAGAAGGUAGAAUGAAUUGUGGCUCUCAAAAGAGAACUGAAGAGGAAAACUGCAGGGCUACGGGGAAAGAGUUGAUACCAGGUGAAUUGCUUUUGCUGGGCUGAAUGUCAUCCUCCUUUGCUGUGAUUUGAUUACUUGCUAUAUCUGUUUGUUAACUUGGAGAUUUAUGUGCAACAGCACUAGGGUCCCACUAAGCACAAACUUUUUCGCGUCUUCAAGCAUUGAUUAAGUAUUAUACUUCCUGUUUUUCCACUUAAGUGGGUAACUUCACACAUUUCCACAUUAUAUUCAUCCACAUGCCAUUCUUACCUAUGUGUUUAAUCACUCUUUCUUUACAAAUUCCUCAUUGUGCAAAGUUAGAUGAGAAUUUAAGCUAUUAACAAACUCUGACAUUUGGCUUCUUCUUCGCCAUUAUGGAUUUGGAUUGGAAAUAGCUGAGGCUCAAGUCAUUGUAUCACAAAUGACAACCUGUCAAUCUGAUAAUGACCACUUCAUGUCUAUUAGUCAGGCCUCAAUCAGUGUUAAACAAUUGCCUUCAAUUCCAGAAUCCUUAUUUGGCAUUUCUAUUUCAUGUGGCACAUCAUGAAAUGAUUUUCAAAAUGCAAAUAUAUUCAUUGCCACUUGCCUACACUACUGGUUACUGCAUCAAAUUGCACGAGUUCUUAAAACACCACUUUUCUUUCAUAAUUCUGUAUUGAAUACCAGGAUAUAGUUUUCUGAUUGCCGAGAUGCCACGAUGCUUAUAAUAGAUUGGAGCAUUUUGCCGAUUACUGCUGCCACAUUUAUUGGCCCAUUGUACCCUGUUUUUUCACUCUUGUUUCUUGAAUAGCCACAUUCCAUUUAUUCUGCUGCCCAUGUCCGAACUUACACCAGGUCUUUUGAAGCAGCCCCCAGACUUGGUGACCAACAUAGUCUCUGUCAAGUAGCAUCUCAAUUUUAAACUUCUCAUCAUUGUUCUUACAGACCUUCGUGAGAUAAUCUUUGGCAUCUCCUCUAGCGUGACAACCCUUCAAGGUGCCUGUGGCGCUCGAAAUCUGGAGCAUCCCAAAUGUUCAUCCCUCCACUGUGGCUGUGCCUUCCUAUCUCUGUCUUCUAUUUCCCUUUUCUUUUUAAGACCCUCAUUAAAGCAUUCUUCAGUAAUCUGCCCUGUUAUCAUCUUGUGUUGUUCAGUGUCGAACCCUCUUUUCUAAUGUCCCUUUGAAAUGGUUUGGGACUUUUCGUGACAUUAAAGAGUCUAUAUAUAUACAAUAUGUUCUUGGUGCUUUUUGCUUCCUUCCAAUCAGGAGAUUGUUCUCGAAUCUACACCAUUUUAGAAGAUCGCAUCCAAUGCAACCAGUCUCUAAAGACUUCUCUUACAACUUGAGGACAUUGCCCAUCAGGUCCCAGGGAUAUGACAGCUAUUCAUCUUAUUAAUUUUUCUAGUACCAUUAUUUUAAUAAUGUCAAUUUCUCAAUCUUGAUAAACUAUUAGUUUCCCACCAAUUUCCAAACUGUUUUUCCUCUCUUUGUUUUAUUGUUGUGCUGCAAGUACCUAUGUUUGAUUCACUCAUGCCCUCUCAACAUUGUAAAUAGCCCCAGUAAUCCUCUAAAGGUGUAAUCCCCACUAUCUGUUGUAGUUCACUGAGCACAGCCAUAAAUCUGAGGUCUGGUUUCUCUCAUGUGCUGAUAGCCAGCAUCAUCUCUCUCCAUCCUUUUGCUGAGAGUUGCUGGUCUAAUGUCUUAAAUAAGCUUGCACUUUUUCUAGGUAAACAUUGAAGAACAUACAGUUUGACUUGUCCAUGCUAGUCCAUCUGUUCGAAAAACUACUAUCCAGUCUUCUUUCCUUUGAGGUUUAUGUAUGCACCUUAAUUAUUUCAACAGACAAAGGCUGUUCAUCCUGCUGGCCCUUGGAAAGAGUUAGUGAUUAGAUUUGAUCUUUCACAAAUGAUUCCUUCAGAAAUAUUUACGGCCUCAUUUUUUUUUAAGUCAUUAUUUAAUCUGCUUUGACACUGACCAUGCUCCCUUAUCUUCACCAACUUUUAUUACUUGUUAUUUACAGUCAGAUAACAUAACUAUUGAGCCACACCUUAACAUUGCAACAGCCUCAUCCAUCUGUGUAAAUAAGUGACAGAUUUUACUGGGUCGCUGGUUGAAAGAGGACAGGUUGUCUCUUAUCUUGGUUUGUCAACCAAGUGCAAACUCUUUGUGAAAGAAGAAAACAAUAUGAGCUCUACUUCAUCCUCCAUUUUAAGUCAGACAAGAAGCUGUAAAGUAGGAACUCUUGGUCCUGCACCCUGACUACUUUGUAAGCUCUCCUACAGACCAUUCAUAGCCACUGUCUGUUGGAUUUCUCAACUGAGUGUGUGCGAGGGUGCGACCAUUUUGGCAUCGCUUUGCUUUGAAAGUUUGUAACAUUAUGCAUGGCUUUGUGAGACAAACUAGGGGUAAGUUUCUCCCCACCCCCACCGGCAGGAGUUUGGAUAUCUGAGGGGACAGAUUUAAAAUCAGUUUUAAAAAGAGAUAGGAGGAAAUGAGACUUUCUUUUUGCUGCUGUGAUUUGUGAUGACCUCAAUGAGGGCAGUUGAAGCAAAUUAAAGAGUAAUUUGUCAAAGGACAUUGAAACUGAACAAUGCUUGACUCUGGGCUACGAAGUGGGGGAGCAGGAUUAAUGAAAAAGUUGUUUCAGUAGUGCCAAAGAUUUAAUUCAUAAGUUGUCACUGUGAUGGUUCAGCUUCACCUUCGUCCAGUGAAGAAAUUCCAGUGUAUUUGGGAUUCAGUGACCUGUCGCCACUCCCGCAAUACCCAGCAGCAGCCUUGUUGCCCCAAAGCUAUAGCGAUUCCUUGCACUGCAGUGUCUGGACUUCAAAGUCUUAAUGUUUUGAGUCCAGUCUUUCUCAUGGUCUUGUUGUCUCCAGUUUGAUCUGACUCAGCUGCACGUGACAUUUACCAGUUCCCUCAUUGCCACCAAAUCUGACUCUCAUUUGGUGUCCAGUUUUCUGUGGCCCUGGCCUCUUGGUUAUUUUGUGAGGAGUGUUGUAGAAAUUUGUUUG